AUGAGAUCGGCAGUUUGUUUCCGUGUGUACUCAACCAGUGAAACUAUACGUACCUGUACAAUGUAUACUACAGGGCAGAAAGGAGCACCACCGCCUAUACUGAUCCCUAUCAUGUUAUUCUUUCCUUUCUCCAGUGUUACUGAAUACGCCAUUGUUCAAGAGAACUUAAUUAAUAAUGGGUGUGGCUGGCUCAAUAGCCACUUCUACUUUAACAUGGCGUCUGCCUCUGCAAAGAGAUUUUCGCUUCCAAAAAGACGGCGCUCUUUCUCAGACAGUCGUGAAGUCUGCAAAGAUAGUGGGGAGGUCCUGCACGAGGGAUGGGCAGUGAAGGAGAGUGGGACUGCCAUGUUUGGUAGGACUAACUGGAGAAAAAGAUGGUUCCGCCUCGUUAAAAGAGGCCCCUCCAUUACAUUAGAGUAUUACAGGAGUCAUAAGGAUAAGAUACCAGCUGGCUAUGUACACUUAAAUGUCACUUAUUGUACCAGACCGCUGGAAGAUAACUCGAAAUCUCAUUCCAACUGCUUUGCUGUUGGUCCACUGUUGGAAGACGGUGCCACUCGGACUUAUUACAUUAGCUGCUCUGAUAAACUUGCUAUGCAAGAAUGGAUAGCUGUUAUUGAUGCUGCCAUCGAGGGCGUCCCAGAGCAAGUACAUCGGAGAAGACAAACCGUCAACAAAGUGUUUGCCAUGAGGUAUAAAGACAAGUUGCAGCAACUAAAGGAGAGGAGAAGUGUCAGUGAGUCUAUGGAUCCACCACUAGAGGACUCACUAGUAGGAGGAGGAGGAGGAGGAAAAGGUGGAGAGAAGACUGAUGGACAAAAAUCACUUGAACCUGAUGAACCAACUUCUUACACAUUACCUGAUGCUGAAAGGUUAAAUCGUGAAGAACUAACAGACGAAGAACUGAUUGAUGAGCUUGAUGAUGAUAUGAUGGAGGAAGGGGCAGGCACUGGAGCCACACCUCAGGGAUCUUCACAACAUGUAGGCCCUGACGUGGGCCUGUCUGUACAAGAGAAAAGAACCUGUUAUGAGAGUCCUUCAUGGAGAAUACAACAAUGGCAGAACCUUUGUCAGAAAGUAAAGACAAUAGUAUGGUCACAUUCAGAUACAAAAGAUGGUGUCACUGUAGCAAGGGCCAGGUUUGGUAGAAGCAGUAGAGGUCAUGCUGUCAUUAAAAUUGAGGGAACUUUACCGGCUGAUCCCACAAAUGUGUUUCAGUUCCUGCGACUCAGUACUAAAGAUGGAGGGAAAUUGGACUACAUUUUCAGGAAUGAGCUACUAGUGGAAGAACUACCAGGUGAACCUCAUUCAACUGUUGUAUACAAUGAAUUUCAGCCCCCACUGCCUCGUGUGUCGAAGCGUGAUAUAGCAGCCAUGAAGACAUGGAUAUCACCUGGUCUCACAACAGACAGCACAGCAGGAUUUGUCAUGUUUUCUAUUGAUCAUCCUGACAUACUCCCUCCCCAACCUGGUUACACUAGAAUCAGUUUAGACACUUCUGGUUGUGUCCUAUCGCCUUAUCCAGGACCAAAUGGUGCCACGCAUACUAAAAUGACUCUGCUGAUUCAAGUAGCUUUUUACGGGGCAAUGCAUAAAAUGCUUAAAGGUGCCUAUAACUCAGGGCUCCUCAAGUUAGGAUUCAGGACAACAUUCUCACUCAUUGCAGAACAAUUGAACAAAUACAUUGAAAUCAUUAACAUAUGAAAUAUGUUAAUACUUUCUCUGUGUGUGCAUUAUUUUUAAACCUACAUGUAUUUUUGUCACAUAUAUAAUUGUUGUUGUGCUGCUA